UCUUUAGGCCACCCACUGUCUGCUGUUGGGGAACCCUGCAUAAGCAGUGCAAGUUUAACUUUUUCUACACCCACAAAUCUACUUGCCAGAUAGCCCCAUCCCAGCACAGCCCAGUACAGGCAGGUAAUGAAAGAAGCUGACACUACAAAUCACUUACACGGUAAGGCAAGAGAUUACAGCCCAGGGAUCAUCUGCUGCAAAUGGGAUAAGGGCUGAUUAGGGCUGAUUAGUUUGAAUGACGUACUGACACUUUGUGGCUCGAUUACUCUGCUACUCGCCGGGCUGCCUCCUUUCGCAGGAAAAAGGUUCACCUGGUAUAGCUGUGUAGCCAGCCAUCCUGACAUUUUGGGGGAUUUUAUGUGAAUAUUUAUUUAUUCCUUUUCAGUGGCAGACCAAACUGUCUACCAAGCACUAUGGACUUUCCUGAUUUGAGGGUGGUCGGAAUGGAUAUGAAGAGAGGAACCCCAGCCAAAACACAUUCUGCUGCUCUUUUCUGGAACGGAUUACAAUUUUCCUACUGAAACUCCAAUCCACAGGAACACAGUUGCCUAAAUUUGACCAAAUUAUUUGCGCUGAAGCAAAACCAUUGAGAAACAAGUCUGAACUAUUUGUAACAUUCAAAUUGUUCUCUUUUUUAUUCCAGUUUUGAAUUGGAUGAUAUAUAAUCCACUCAGAGCUAAGCAUGGCAUUGAUGAAGGUGAAGUUUGACUUGGCCAAGAGAGUGAAGCUUGCCCAGGGCCUAUGGCUCAUGUACUGGCUGGCAGUAAUGACUGGCAUCCUGGUCUUUGGCCUGGGGCUUUUCUUUAAGAUCGAACUCCGGAAGAGGAGCGAGAUGAUGGACAACAAUGAGAGCCAUUUUGUGCCCAACCUGUUGAUUCUAGUUGGCCUAGCGGCUUGCGGGCUCAAUGUCUUUGGCGGCAAGGUGUGCCACGACUCCUUGGAUGCUUUGAAGUUUGGCAAGUGGAAGCCCAUGGUCAAGAGCUACCUAGUGGGCUGCUUCGCUUUCAACAUCCUUUUGUUCGUUACAGCUCUGCUGUGUUUCUGCAUGCAGUUCCAGCUGUACUUUGCUCUGGCUGAGGGUCUGAAGAACGGAAUAAAAUACUACAAAGAUACAGACACACCUGGACGAUGCUUCAUGAAGAGGACCCUGGACAUGACCCAGAUCGAGUUCCGUUGCUGUGGCAACAACAACUACCGGGAUUGGUUUGAGGUGCAGUGGAUAAGCAACCGUUACUUGGACUUCAGCAACGACGAGGUCAAAGACCGGGUCCUGAGUAACGUGGAGGGCAAGUACCUGAUGGAGAGUGUCCCCUUCAGCUGCUGCAACCCUGGCUCCCCCAGGCCCUGCAUCCAGCACCAGCUGACCAACAACUCCGCCCACUAUGACUACGACCACCACACGGAGGAGCUCAACAUCUGGACUCGGGGCUGCCGCGAGUCCCUGGUGGCCUACUACGGAGGCAUGAUGAACAGCAUUGGGGGCCUCGUUCUACUGUACAUAGUGCUGGAGGCAGGAGUAAUGGUGGGAUUACAAUACCUGACGACCUCUUUGGAGACCAUGGCAGAUCCAGAGAACCCAGAGAGUGAGAGUGAGGGCUGGCUCCUGGAGAAGAGCGUGAAGGAGACGGUGGCCGACGUCGUGGCGAAGAUAAAGAGCAUGGUGGGUUUGGCCAACCAGGUGGGGGAGGGGGAGGAGGCCACUGUGAGUUGAGAGUGUCCCACCAUAGAGGGACUGAGGCUUGUCCUACCGACGGGAGCUCAAAGAGAAGGAGUGAGAGGAGAGAGACCUCUCAGAGAAACAACACAAACACACACACACACUUCAGCACAAUGCACACAUGAAUACACGUACAUACUGUUAAUACACAGGCACUCACGGAUACACAGACACACACCCUCUCAAAAGUGAACAACUAAACCAGCUGUUCACAUGAUGUGAGACCCAAGCUCAAAAAUGUGAAUGUAUAACCUGUUCAUAAAAAUUCUGUAUAUAUGUUCAUCAGAGUCUAUUUUUAAAAAAGAAUGGAAAAUAUAUUUGGGUUGUCAAAAGAUAUGUACAUGAAUUUUGGCUUGUGAAUAUGAAGAAAAUGAAAUACAUUUACUUAUAAUCCUCCCUUCCUGGCAAUCCUCUCCAUGAAAAAUGAUGGGCAGACCCUGAAACCAUCCAGCCUAAUACAGUUUAUCUAUUUUCAUAUCUUAUAGUUUUACCUGUACGUCCUUGUUACACUCCACAACCUGUGUUGCGUGGACAUGUAACCCGAUAGCUACACGCAGAUCAAAGUGUUUCUGUGAAGUAAUGAGAAACGUAUCUUAUUAGUCUGCGCAAUUGAACUGAAUCUUCUAAUCCAAAACACGACAUUAUCCAAUGCCGAAUGAAACCCGCUCAAUCAGUCAAAUAUGUCCUCUUAUGGCAGCUUAAAUCGGGGCAGCUGUAAAUCCAGGGUCCUUGCAGUACCUCCCAGCCCCCCCUCCCUCAGCAACCCGAGGGGGACACACAAGCAGGUCCCGGCAGAACAGCGCCGUACGCAUUCACGUCUAUACGACACAGACUUUGAAUGAGUGUUGCUAUCGAGAUAUAUGUCUGCUUCAUGUACGAGGCAGAUUGAACUCGUUUGGUGCUCCUUGGAGGGCUACAGUGGGCUGAGAGCCCAGGUGAGGUGCUGCCGGCACUUGUGAGAAGGUUCUGUCAUUUUUGGAGAGUGAAAGAAUAACAGAUUGGCAGUUCAAAUCAGCAUAGCCCUGGAGAAAGUAGAUAUGAGGGUCAGUUCUCAGUGGAUACAAAGUCUUACCAGUUGUAAUAUUUUUACUUUCCGUGUGACAAUUUUUUUUUUCUUCCUUUGUAAUAUUGACAGUUAAUCGUUUCUGUAAAUUUGGAUUUUCAUCAGCAGUAAUGUCAGUCUUGUGGGUUGGCUGGAGCAUUUAGCAGUUCCAUUGUGAAAGAUAAAGAUAAUUAAAGAGAAUAAGAGUG